ACGUCUGACUCCGUGUCUGUCAUCGAUAUGUCAAAUUUUUGCUGAAGAACAAAACUAGCGUCUGGCGUUGCUUGGGAUAAAAACACCUCGAAACCUCGAGCUUGCCGACGCUGAUUGAAAUCGGAAAUUCAAGAUGGCGCUCCCUGCCAACUAUAAACACAACAUACCGGGUCCGUCGAUGCCACCGCAGCGAUUACGUCCAUCGGGCUCGGGUGCUGACCGGAAGGACAACUCGAGCCCCUUCAUGCACAACCCGCAUGGUAAUCCGGCGUUCAAUCCGCAGAAGAUGGGCAAAGCUUCGGCUGCGUCGGAAUCGAAGAUGAUUAAGCCACCGAAACCGCCAGAGAAACCACUGAUGCCGUACAUGCGCUAUUCGCGCAAGGUGUGGGACUCGAUCAAAGCGUCCAAUUCCGAUCUGAAGCUGUGGGAAGUGGGAAAGAUUAUCGGGCAGCAGUGGCGCCUGUUGCCGGACUCGGAAAAAGAGGAGUACAUUGCGGAGUAUGAGCUGGAGAAGGCGGAACACGAGAAGAACAUGAAGGCGUACCACAACUCACCGGCCUAUCUGGCCUAUCUGACGGCACGGAACAAGGUAAAGCCGGGUGAUGGCGAUGGUCACGAGACGUCAUCGCGGUCGAGCUCUAAGGGCACGCAAGCCGAUCGUCGAAUUGACAUUCAGCCGGCCGAGGACGAAGAUGACCCGGACGAUGGGUACUCGUUUAAGCACGUAGCAUACGCUCGUUUCUCUCGCAACCAUCGGCUGAUCAAUGAAAUCUUCUCGGACGCGGUUGUGCCGGAUGUUCGUUCGGUCGUCACUACGCAGCGCAUGCACGUUCUCAAGCGCCAAGUACAGUCGCUGACGAUGCAUCAGAUGAAGUUGCAGCACGAGCUGCAGCUGAUCGAGGAAAAGUUUGAAACACGCAAGCGAAAGUUUGUUGAAUCGAGCGAAACAUUUCAAGACGAGCUGAAGAAGCACUGCAAGCCGGCCGUGGAUGAAGAAACCUUUCAGAAGAUGGUUGACCGCCAGUACGAGAUGAUGAAGCGAGACCGUCUGCGGGCUCUCGAGGAAGCGCAGAAGCCACCGGCACCGGCUCCGGCCCCAGCUUCCACACAACCUCCCACUGGGCCACCGAAAGCUGAGUCGGAACAGACGCCAGAACAAGCAAACGUAGCAAACGAAACCACUACGGAGAGUGACACUCCAGCUGGUGCAAAUGCAGAAUCAACCGAAGCGCCCAGAGAUCGGUCACCGCCGGCAGGUGCGGUCUCAGAUGAAUCUCAAGGAUCACAGGAUUCUGCAGCCGGUGCACCUGCACAGCCACCGGUUGAGAAGAUGGAUACUACAGACGACGCUAAACCGGAAGCGAAGGAUGAAAAAGCGUCCGCCACAGUGUCGAAAGCAUCUCCGGAAGUGGCCAAAGAGCCCGUUGCUUCACCGGCACCGAAUGUUGCACCAGCUCCUGAUCAGCAAGUACCGGCUUCGGUGGUACCUCCCGGCGCUCCUCCUGCCCCUGCACAGGGAACAAUUCCAGCAACGCCGCCUGCUGUUUCUACGCCGCCAGCAGCAGCAGCAGCAGAACCGAAAGCAGAAGUUCCGCCUUCAUCAACCGUGCACCAUACUGGUCCUGCCCAGCAGCCAUCGCAGCCACCGGCAGCACACCACGCGGUCGUUCAUGGAGCUUACCCUCCUCAUGGUGCCCCAGUAACCUCCGCAGCGUCCGGCUCAGCUCCACAUCAAGCACCGAUUGUACCGACACCACCACCACCAUCGCACACACCGGAAGCACAGGUCCCACCACCGAACGUAACCGUGCCGCAUCAUCAGCCACCCCAUCCUCCGCCCCAUCACAUGCCACCGCACAUGCAGCCACACCCGGGCAUGCCAGCACACGGACCGACAUUCCCCGGCUAUCCGCACGCCGGUUCCCCUCGUGCACCGUACUAUCUGUCGUCGUACGGAGGUCAUCCGCAACCGUAUGGUCAGUACGGACACUAUCCGUACCAUCAGCAGUAUGCACCUCCGCCACCACCGCCAGGAAGCUACGUCACGGGAGCGGUUCGUCCACCCGGUGGACCUCCCGGACCGAUGGGACACUACGGGGAGGUGCAUCCGCAUCCGGAAGCACAUCACGGCUACGGACCACCACCUCCGACAGCCGGUGGUGCUGGUCCGCCCGGCGGAAUGCCUCCAGCACCCGGUGCACCACCACCGACCCCCACAAUGGUCACAGCAACGGCUACGGUAACGCCACCGACGGCGGUCCCAUCUGUCGCACAGCCGGAACCAGGUGAGAUUGAACCGGAAAAAGCACCGGCCGCGGUAGCACCAGCUACGCCACCAGUAUCUACUCCGGCGUCCAAGAAGCGCAAGAAGGGUGGCGCAGCAGCCGCCAAACAUGACGAUGGCGACAAGAAAGACGAUUGAUCGUAUUUUACGCUAGAGAUAAAACCCCCUCGAUUGAUGUAGAAUGUAACUUAAAGGGAAGCUUUUCAAUAAACCUUCAUUUAACCUCCACACAACAGCAGUUAA